AUGUGGUGCAGGAAAAAUGACCUGAAGCUCAACAUCAGUAAGACCAAAGAGACUGUGGUAGAUUACCAGAGGAAAGGACAAAGUGGGCUGUUCCUUUUGACGAGGAUGAAGUCAUUUUUGCUCCUUUUUGCUGUGGUGUGCUGGGGUGGUGGCAUCGAAGCCAACAAACUGAAUAAGCUGGUUAAGAAAGCCAGCUCUGUGGUGGGUCUGGAGCUGGACAGUCUGGAGUUUGUGGGGUUCCGUGUGCUGGGUCCUUCUGACCCUCUGAGUAUCCAGCUUGGUGGCUCAGUGAUGUUACCCUGCUAUGUUGAAACUCCUCUACCGAUGGAUGAGCUGGAAGUGGAGUGGAAGAGAACCGACACUUUAGUUCAUUUGUGGCAGAAUGGACAAAGUGAACCAGAGUCUCAGAACCAGGAUUAUAGAGAACGAGCACAUUUCUUCUCUGAGGAGGUCAAACAUGGAAACUUCUCACUCUUACUUACUAAUGUAACCAGUAAAGAUGCAGGAGUUUACAGAUGUGUGGUUUAUACAGGGAAGGAAUCUAAUGAAACUUUAAUUGAAAUAAAGGAGCCAGAUCAUCUGAUUGUAACUGGAGGUCACGCUGUAUCUGCUUAUGCCAGUCAAGACAUCACACUGAAUUGCUCAGUAGAAUCUUAUUUACCACUAGAACAGAUAGAACAGAUUGAGUGGAGGAAAGUGGAUGAAAGCAUCUUAGUUCUGCUGUAUGAAUAUGGUGAGGUUCUGACAGACUCCAGUGAUGAGAGAUACAGAGACAGAGUUGAGCUCUUCAGCAAUGAAGAAGUUCAGAAAGGAAACUUCUCACUGAGACUGAAGAACGUCAGAACUGAGGACAAAGGGCGGUUCAUGUGUGUAGCGUUUCAUGAAGAUUUAUCAGCUAACACCACUGUGGAAGUGCAGCAGCUUGCUCGUCCACACUAUUUCUUAGCCGUAGGUGGUAGCCCUGGUGGCGCAAGGCCAUUCGGGCAGGUCGGAGUGCCUCUGCCCCGCGACCGUGAGCUCGUCGCACUCCGAAUAGUUUUCCCCGAAUGUCUACCGCUGUUCCGGGGUUGGCGUUAA